GUACAUAUCUGGGCAUGCGUAUAAGGUUUCAUCCACGUCGCCCUGUUUGGGUAUUGAAGUUGGUUAUACGUGACUUCAAAAAUCAGCGCAUUUAAGGUGAAUUUGGCGAUUUAUGCAAAUGAAACGCAUCGGGUAUUUCCAGAGGAUCUCUUCGCUUAUUUAGGUGCCACCAACUCUGGAUGAAUAAACAUUAUCAGAACACUACAGAUAUGGUGUGACACUGCAGUCAUCAUUUUCACUAGACAAUUACCAAACGUACAGUGUAUGUCGUUCUUGAAAACUUAUUUCUAUGCUUGACGAUUAUAACUUUUUAGAGCAAAAUGUCUUGGCUUCUUGGGAAAGCGGAGGACUUGCUAAAUAAAAUGGACCAAUCUGCAUCGGAUGUUUUAACAAAAACAGCAAACCAUGACUCCAUGUAUGCCAGCAUUCCUGAACACACUACUGCACCUCAGAAUCUUGUUAUGCCUGAUAAAAUGAACGCAUCCCAAGACUUGCAGGCAACUCUGUUAAACAAAAGUGUUUCAGCCGGUAACUUAGCUACAUAUCUAGCAAGUACAAGUAAUAUAAGCAGGACUAAUACUGGCGAUAGUGCAUUGAAUAAACCUCCCCAAUCAAAGCCUGCAGUGUCGUCUAAUCCCUCAACACCACCGCAGACAAAGAAAUCUUCCAAGGCUUUCCAAUCAAAACCAAAGAAGAAAGAUGAAGAUGAGAAGUUGUUUGAAUUUCUGAACAGUCCUGACACGCUAAGUACGGAGCGAAAGAAAGAUAAGCAACUGAAUGGUAGACACUCAAGGCGGUCCAGUACGUCAUCGACAACAUCCACAAGGACGGAUAACGCUUCAGCUGAAGGAAGUGUUGGAAUAACGAUAUCAAUAGAACCAUCAGCCGAUGACCAUAAUGAGCAUACUGAUGGCAGUGACAGUGCAGUUGGAAAUGAAAUCGCUGACUCAACGCAUAAUGCAACGCCGGAAAGUCAACAAGAAGGUCUUCUCAGUAGUCAUUCACAGCAACUCUCUUCAUUGGAAUUGGAAAACAAACUAUUGAAAAAUGAAGUUUCUUCUCUAAAUCAAGAAAUGGCAUCCGUUGUUCAGAGGGCUAGGUCUGCCCAGGAAGAAAUGAACCGGUUACGAAAUCAGUUGCGUAAUAGGAGUUCACAGAUGACUGAAACAGACAGUAUAAUUCGUCAGCAUCGAUCACGAGAAGAGGACUAUGUUGAGGCAAUAGCUGCUAAGGAUUCACAGUUAGCUGUACUCAGAGUGAGACUUGAAGACUUGGAUAAAGAAGUUCGAGAGAAAAUCAAAACGAUUGACAUUUUACAGAAUGAGAAAGACAGAAUUCUGAAGGACCAUACUGAUUCUAGCGGACUCCAAGGCCAAGCACUGGACUCUGUCAGGGAAAAACUCCAAGAAAGUGAAGCAGCACUUAAACGUGAAAUCCAAACAUUCAAGCAAUCACAAGUUGAUGCAAUGCAGCGACAAUCCAGGGUAGAAGAGGAACAUCGGACUUUGUCAUCAGCUUACUCGUUAUUACAACAGCAACAUAACCAUAGUAAGACUCACACAAACAACUUGUCAAUGCAGUUAAAGACGGCUAAAAAUAAUUUGGAUCAUGUUAAGCAGGAGUUGAAUGAUUACAAACAGAAAGCAACACGAAUACUACAGUCUAAAGAUAAACUGAUCAACAGUUUGAAGGAAUCUGAUCCAUCAAUAGACCAAGGGACAGUGACAGGGAUAGAGCUGGAAGAGUUGAAACAAGACAGAGAUGCGAUGAAAGAGGAAUUGCAGGUGUCUAAAGUCAAAUUAGAACAGCUGAGGUCAGAGUUGCAGGAUCUUGAGUUCCAAUCACAGACUGAUUCAGACAUGGCACAGGAACAAAUCCAGGAUCUUGAACAGCAGCUUAGUGAUCACAGGCGACAAGUUAAAGAGUUAGAAGCUGAACUGACAGAGAAGAGAGAUGAGAUGAAAUACAUGCAACAGGAACUGUUGAAACAGAAGACAAACUUUCAAGUCAGGCUACAAGACAGGGAGGAUGAAAUACACAAACUAAGAAACCAGUUAACUACUAAAACCAUGAGUACUACUUCACAAACUGAACUUGAAAACAGACUGCAUGCACUCACUGAGAGUCUCAUUCAGAAACAGACUAUGCUGGAAGCUCUCAGUACAGAGAAAAACUCACUGGUAGUUCAGCUGGAAAGAAUGGAGAAACAAUUUGAUGAAGCCAAAGAAAUCUCAGCCAUCCGAGCUAAGACUCAUCAUGCAGUAUCUAUAGAAGAAACAGAAGAUGCAGGCAUCAGACAACGUAAUUUCCCCGAGUUCUUGAAUGAGUCCCCACUCGACACUGGAGUUACAAGAGGAAUGAAGAAGGCAGCCUAUACUUUGGAUAGGUUUAGUGUCAAGCUGGGGAUAUUUCUGAGAAGGUAUCCGAUAGCGAGACUCUUUGUGAUUCUCUACAUGAUUCUACUACACCUAUGGGUAAUGGUGGUCUUACUGACUUACACACCGGAGAUGCAUGGUUCAGAUUAUGUUCAUUCACCGCAAGGCAUGGAACCCAGGGAACCUCAGCCUUAAUAUUCCGGACAUUCAAGAUUUAUUUGUAUUUGACACUCUAUAGCUGAAAUACUUUCAUUUCCGGUGCUUGACCAGAACCAGGAUAACAUUUAUCGAAUAACCAGAGAUGUUCAGUGGCGACGGGUUUCUCAGUAACAGUGCGAACUUUGAACACUAGACACAACUUUAGUGGAUCCAAAUAAUACCAGAUUAUCAUAACCGCGACUGGGUCCACCCUUUUCGAUCUUAUUUCCUAGCCAUCUUGUUGUGUGUUACUUUGGAAAUGUUCACUGCCAAUUGUUUGAGCAACUUCUUAAGUGUAGCACAGUUUAAAUCUAGUGUGUGCGACUGCAAGUUGUGAAUAUUUCUCUCUUACGAAACCAGCGUUGAAGGGCACAUAUAUGUUAGCCCUGUGUAUUGAAUCUAUUUUAUCAUCCGUAUCGGUUUGAUUGUAAUUUUAAACCCAUAUUAUGGUUUAACCUAAGCAUGAUUACAUGUAGGAGUACUGAUGCUAAUGUUUUAAAAUGUGUAAUAACAUUAGAGUGAAAAGGCACCUGUGUAGCAACUCAGAAUGCAGAACGCCAUGUAUUUGAUAUCAAUAACUUGCUCGCAGAUGAACGAUAAAUCAUUAGAAAUACAGAGAGAAAAAUGGGCAAAGUCGCAAGUUGUGGAUUUUACAUGUGAAUUCACUUCUGAUGCAUUGAAGUGUGGAAUGCUCUGCGACAAUCUAGGAAUAUGCAUCUCCCAACUACAUGUAUAUUGUAAUAUCGUAUCUUCACGAAGUGAAGUGAAUCACUUAUUGUAACAACAAAUCUUUAUUUUGUCUAUUUUUGUUGCCAGGAAGGCCUGUACAUUGUAAUUUAAGAUAUUGGUGACAAUUGUUGCUGCCCAAUGGAAGGUUAUUGUCACAUUUUACCCCGUUUAAGUUUACAAAUACCAUUCACAUGUACACACAUUAAUAAACUGUAUGUGAUUCUAAUACCGUAUUUGUUCUGUUAGAAGUGCAUCUCCAAUAGCAGCGUACAUAAACUAAAAGUUGCAUUUAUAUGGCAGUAUGCUGGAUCAUUAAAAUAUGAAUUAUUUUGAUCAUAAAAUACACCUUUGUUAGGCACUCCUGAUAGAACAAAUUUGG